AUGAGCUCCUCCCUCGAGGCUAAGAUCGUUGUGCUCGGCGCACAAGGAGUCGGCAAAACCUCCCUCGUAGACCGCUACGUGAAAAACGAUUUCUCCCCCUCAACCACCUCCUCGACGGUGGGCGCAUCCUUCGUGACGAAACGCGUCCUCGACAGUGCCUCCGACACCAUCGUGCGCCUGCAAAUCUGGGACACCGCCGGCCAGGAGCGCUUCCGGAGUAUCUCGCGGCUUUACUACCGCGGCGCGAACGCCUGUCUGCUGUGCUACGACAUCACCUCCGAACAAAGCUUCCAGGAGAUGACGGGCUGGCUGGCCGAACUGAAACGCAACCUGGUGGACGGCGAUGACGAUCCCAUUGUGAUCCAUGUCGUCGGCACGAAGACCGAUAUCGUGACGCUGGAUCCGGGCAGGAGGAGGGUGCCGUUUGAGAGGACCAUCGCGUAUGUUGCCGAUCAGCUGUAUCCGACGCGCGCGUCGACGCCGCCGGUUACCGCGGGUUUGGUGGUGCCGGGGUCGGGGUUUGGGGGUGGUGGUGGAGGGGCGUUUGGCGUUGGGGGCCAGACGAGUGCGAGUACGCUUACUGGGGGUGCUGGUGGUGGUGGGUGUGGUGGUGGGACGGAUAGUAAACGGAGUAGUGCGUUCUGGGGACAGGAUAUUGGGUGGGACUGCUGUCAUGAGAUCAGUGCGAAGGAUGGCGAGGGCAUCGAGGAGGUGUUCCGUGUGAUUACGAGGAAGCUGGUCGAGCAGCAGCGGAAUCGGAGGGAUGCGGCGGCUGCCGCCGCGGGGAGCUCGUCGCAGAGGUCGUCGACGGUCUUUGACGGCGGACUGGUGGUCGGGACGCCCGGUGGAGGGGAGGGGGGUGCUGGUGGUGCUGGCGGCAGCUUUCGACUUGGGUAUGGCGAUAAGAGGCGCAGUUGGCUGGGGUUUCCGCCGAGUAGUAGUGUCGGGGAUGAGAUUGAGGAUGCGUUGGUGGAGGGAAGGGGGAAGAGGAGGGGAGGGUGUUGUUGA